AUGUCGUCAAAGCCUACAGUUCUUGUUCUCGGGGGCGUUGGCUUCGUUGGUAGACACUUUGUCACUUAUUUGGUCGAGAAUCAGUUGGCUUCGGAAAUACGUGUUGUCGACAAGACAAUGCCUGUUACUUCUUAUCUCACCAGGAAGCAAACCGAAGCGUUCGAACAAGUAGAAUACGUUCAGGGGAACUUGUCUGAUCAAGCUCACAUUGAAUCAGCGUUUGAGCGAGCCGAUAAAAGCACCUUUGAUUACGUAUUUAACUGUGCAGGAGAGACUCGAUAUUCGCUGAACGAACUGUUUUAUGAACAGCGUAUUUUCAACUUGUCCACACGAAAUGCUCAGGAAGCGGCAAAACGUGGAGUCAAAUGUUUUGUUGAAUUAUCAACUGCCGAAGUCUACGAAUCCGACAAGAAACCUAGCGACGAAAAGGGGAAAAUAAAGCCAUGGACCACUAUUGCAAAAUACAAGGCCAUGGCCGAGAAAGAGAUUCAACAAAUUUCCAAUCUAAACUAUGUUAUUCUGAGACCCGCAAUCAUAUACGGCACAGGAGCUACUACUGGUCUAACACCUCGCCUAGUUUGUGGAAGGAUUUACAAGCAUUUGGGUGAGCCGAUGAGGGACCUAUGGACAAAGGAUUUGAAAAUUAAUACGGUCCACGUGAAUGACGUCGUACUUGCAAUGUGGCAGGUUGCAACAACACAGCAGUCAAGCGGAGGAUCACACCUAGGCAUGUUGAGCCAACAUAUCGGCACAAUCUUUGAAAUCGAAACUGGCUUUCAAAACAGAGCCAUCAAUACCUUGGUCGAAACAGACCUUGAUACCGCCGUCGAAGAGAUUAACGAAAAACACAUUGGUCCAUGGGCAACUCUUCUUAAAAACGCUAAUAUCAGCAUUAGUCCCGUAAGUCCCUAUAUCGACAAAGAGUUGCUGCUUCAUAACGCUCUAUCUAUCGAUGGGACUCUGAUUACUCGAGAGAUAGGUUUUGAAUAUAAAGUUCCUAAACUCACUGAAGAGAAAUUAAGGGAAAUAAUCGAUGGGUUCAAAGAAUUGAAUCGUUGGCCGAAUUAG